GCGGAGGAGGUGAGGCGGACGGCACUGCGAGCAAUGCACCUUGCGACGUGCGUGUGGCAAGAGAAGAAGGCGGCGGCGGCGGGCAUGGGCGCCGCGGCCGGUGAGUGGGCGUUCAGCAGGGCGUCGGUGUGGGCGCUGCUGGCGGCGGCCGGUGGCGCGCUGAACUGCUUGGUGAGCUUCCUGGUGUUCUCGUUCCUGGACGUGCUGGACCCGGUGCUGUGCGUGGUGUACAAGGUGGUGGACUACGCCGUGGAGGCGGAGUGGAAGCCGUGCUACUGCUCCGCGGCGGCGCGCGCGGGCGGAGGUGGCGGUGGCGGUUCCGCGGCGGGGACGCUGUUCGCGCCCCCGCGGGUCGCGGCGGCGGCGGCGGGGCCGAAGGUGGUGCGGCUGUCGUCGUCGUCGGCGAACAAGAUGCAGGUGGAGGACGUGUCGGACACGCUGUACGUGCGGGCGUCGCUGCUGUCGGACGCGACGCGGAAGCCGGGUCCCUCCGCGCCGGCGCUGACGGUGAGCCCGGCCAUCGCGGAGCUGAUCCGCGGCAAGCUCGACCGGGCCCCCCGCCCGCCGCGGCAGGCGCCGUGCUGGUCCGACUGCGACUGCAAGCAGUGCCACUCGUGGAGCACGGGUGCCCGGUCCUCCCACCUCUACGUCCACGUCCAGUCCCCGCUGCCGCUCGCCGAGUCGUCUGCGACGGAGGCGGUGGUGUUCAUCCACGGGUUCAUCUCCUCCUCGGUGUUCUGGACGGAGACGGUGUUCCCGGCGUUCAGCCCGGGCGCACGCAGCAAGUACCGGAUGUUCGCGGUGGACCUGCUGGGGUUCGGCCGGAGCCCGAAGCCGGCGGAGUCGCUGUACACGCUGCGCGAGCACCUGGAGAUGAUCGAGCGGUCCGUGCUGCAGCGGUACCGGCUGACGUCGUUCCACGUGGUGGCGCACUCGCUCGGCUCCGUCCUCGCUCUCGCGCUUGCCGUCAAGUACCCCGACGCCGUCAAGUCGCUCACGCUGCUCGCGCCGCCGUACUUCCCGGUGCCGGAGGAGGAGGCCGGCGCGGCGACGCAGUACGUGAUGCGGCGGGUGGCGCCGCGUCGGGUGUGGCCGCCGAUCGCGUUCGGGGCGUCGAUGGCGUGCUGGUACGAGCACGUGAGCCGGACCAUCUGCCUCACCAUCUGCAGGCACCACCGCGUCUGGGACCGACUCUUCAGGAUCGUCACCAGAAACAGGAUGCGAACGUUCCUGAUCGAGGCCUUCAUGUGCCACACCCACAACGCGGCCUGGCACACGCUGCACAACAUCAUGUGCCUCAGCGCCAGCAAGAUGGGCGCCUACCUCGACGUCGUCUCCAACAACCUCUCCUGCAAGGUCGCGCUCUUCCACGGCCGCGACGACGAGCUGCUCCCCGUCGACUGCACGCUCGCCGUCGGCGCCAGGGUGCCCAGGGCCAGCGUCACCGUCUACAACAACAAGGACCACAUCACCAUCGUCGUCGGACAGGAGGAGCUCUUCGCCGCAGAGCUCGAGGCCAUCUGGAACGCCGCCGACCACCGCGACUAGCACCACCUUCUUACCUACCGCUAUAGUGAUCGAUCGUCGACAAUAGUGCACAGAAGAAGGGGGAGAUCAGGAAGGAGUUAAUGGCCAGCGGGAAAGAAGGCAAUAACGGUUACCCUGCAUGCUUGCUUGCAAGAGCCAGCCAGCAGCCCAUAGUAGGAUGGGACGAGCACCUCUGCCAUAUCCUCUCCAAGGACUAUAAAUACAUACAGUUGUAUCAUUUGCUUUUUCUUUUCUCUUUCUUUCUUCUUCUUCUUCUUGGCUUUUCCAUGGUAAUUAAUUAAUUAAUCAAUCGUAAAGUGUAUUGUAACAAUUGUUUGAUUGCGCCAACUUGGCCGACUGUCAUCACCAACA